GUGAGCGGGACAGAGAUGCGCAAGUGGAUGAACGAACUGCUGCCCAUCAUCAUAGACAUGCUGCAGGAUUCAUCAUCAUUGCCAAAGAGAGAGAUCAGCCUCUGGACACUUGGUCAGCUAGUGGAAAGCACCGGCUACGUAGUUGAGCCAUAUCACAAGUAUCCCACUCUCCUGGAUGUGCUUCUAAACUUCCUCAAGACGGAGCAGUCCAGUAGCAUUCGGAGAGAAGCUAUCCGAGUGCUGGGACUGCUUGGUGCACUGGACCCAUUCAAACACAAGCUGAACAUGGGGAUGAUCGAUGACUUCAGUGAUUCAGGAGCAGUUGUCAGCAUCAGUGUGGUUCCACCAGAAAGUCAAGAGCUGAGUGCCAGCGAGAUGCUGGUGAGCAUGGGCGGGAGCUUGGAAGAGUUCUACCCAGCCAUGGUGGUGUCGACGCUCAUGCGCAUCAUGCGUGACCCCACACUCAGCCAGCAUCACACCAACGUCGUUCAGGCGGUCGUGUUCAUCUUCCAGAGCCUCGGCUUACGUUGCGUCCCAUAUGUUCCUCAGGUGCUGCCAGCACUGCUUAAUGUGGUACGCACUGUGGAUGCAAGCUUCAGGGAGUUCCAUUUCCGACAGCUUGGCCAGCUGAUUGCCAUUGUGAAGCAGCACAUCCGCAAUUACUUGGAUGACAUCUUUGCCCUGAUUAAGGAGUUUUGGGCAGUGAACAGCCCAAUCCAGCUGACCAUCAUCAUGUUGGUGGAGCAGAUUGUGAGCUCCCUUGGCUCAGACUUCAAGGUGUACCUGCCCAAGUUGGUGCCCCAUGCCCUCAAGGUCUUCAUGCACGACAUGAGCGCAGACAGGGCCGUCACUGCUAAGCUGCUGACGGCACUGCAGAAAUUUGGUUGCAACCUCGAUGACUACCUGCACCUUAUACUGCCUCCCAUUGUCAAGCUGUUUGACUCACCAGAUGUCCCUAAGAACGUCAGAGCCACUGCAUUGGAAACCAUGAUAUUCUCUGGAGUCACUUGA